AUGCAACAUUCAAGUGCUGGAGGAGGAUUCUUUUCUAAGAUAAAGGAGAAUUAUAGUAGCAAAUUAGCAAACUUAUCCAUAUCAGGAGGUGCAUAUUCAGAGAAAGACGGGUCUUCUGCAGAUGACACAUUGAUACAUAAUGCAUUUGUUAAAUACUAUGAUUCUAAAGGUUUACCAUAUCCAGAUUGGUUAGGUGUUAAAACUUUCCAAAGUCAGCAACAACUACAACAAGGUUAUGGUAAUCAAUAUCAACAGCAACAACAAGAUUAUUCACAAUCUAAAUUCCAACCAGUACGCCAUGACAACUCUUACAAUAAUAGCUAUUCAGCAAGACAACAACAACAACAAUAUCAACAGCAACAGCAACAACAACAACAAGAAACACCUAGUCCCGAGAGACCAAGUGCUGGUUAUCAGCGGUCGUCAAGUCGUUUACAAGAUUUAUACAAUAAAUCACGUCAACAGACUGUACCUGGACAAGGAUACAGAACUGCUAAUACAUGGAACUCUAAUCGCUAG